CGCGAGCCUCCGACAUGUUAACAUCGUUUCCGCGUAGCUCCGUACUAAAAAAUCCGAUAAAAUAGGAAAAAGUCAACGUAUCUCUAUGACCAAGGUGUCAAAGGACUUAUCUCGUUGAGCUCCAUAUAGUGAAGUGUAGUGCAGUACCGGAUUAGUGUUGGAAAGUGUUUUAGUGUGAAUAAUUAGCUUUUUUGAGGUUAACACUCAAAAAACAUCCACUGAAUCACUCACAGCCCGAGAUCCACAAAAGCCACAGAGUCGAGCGAUACGUCAUUAUUCGCGCCUCGGCAGGACCAGUCUACAGGUGCUUUUAUGGAAAUUCUACGACCUCCCACUCUGGAAUAAGGAGACAAAAACCGAAAACCACGUGGCCACGUGGUCCGGGAACGCGACGCUCCACAGACUUCGUUCAAGGUUUGGAUGCUGCAGCUUGAAUAAAGAAGAGGUUUGGUGCAAUUUCUAGAAAAUGUUGACAAUAACUUUUAUAGUUAUAAGAAUUAGAAAUUUAAAACUUUGAACCUGUAUAUCUCUAAAAGUAGAUCGAUAACAUAUAUUUUUCAAGAAGCUCUGCGUUGCGCGUAAACUUGAUUUACAUAACGAAAUUCUAAAAAAAAAAAAAAAAAACAGGGGGUGGGGGGAAGCGGUUUUGGGCCUUGAACGAGUCUCUUUGUUUUCGGCAGGGAAUAUUGGUUUUCAGGAGUUUUUAAGAGAAAACUUUUUUCUGUUUAAACCACUGUCACAAUAUAGUCUUUAUACGCCCUAUAUUGGCAUACGAAACCGCGAGCUCAAGUGGUUAAAGUCGGACUUUGACGGCCAUUUUGAUCUUCUUUAGGCUGUCAUAUCCCCGGAUCCCGAGGGUCGCAGAAGAUCGCGGUUUUCAGCAUAGAGGUAGAUCUGAAACUCUAUACACGGUUUUAUAGCGGAGACGUCUGAUGAAGCAUACCCCCAACUAGAAUAAACAACCUCUCAAUCACUACACCACAUCAUCCCAGAGCCGAGCAAAUCACGUAGCAAGAUGUCUUCCAAAUCAACUUCGAGCGUAAAAGGCAACACCAGAGCUGACCCGAAAACAGGGACGCGAGGAACUGAUCGUGUCCUCAAAAUAUCUCGUCUGGAAGCACCCGACAUGGUAAUGAGGGAGGAGAAGAGGAAGAAAACCCAAGCUCCUCUGCCCAACACCGAAAAAGGGGACACUCCGGUCAGCCUAGCCACUAUCCUAAUAACCCCCUCAGACGCUGGCACUGGACAUGCCGGUGACACAAAGGAGAAACACCCCUUGACCGUAGCAGAAACACAAGAAGCACAACAGUUACGGGGUGGAGCUGCAUCAUUAAGAAUCAAAACGCAAUUAAGGCAGGCCAGUGUAGCUGAAGAAAUGUCGGCUCUAACCACCUCAGACUGCCUCGAAGACCUUGAGGACAGAAAAAGCACGGACGGCCGAUUUUCACUCAACAACUCAUCAAGCGCUGGACCAAACAGGUUAAUGAAUGGGCUUCCAAAACGAGCAAACGAAAUACUACAGGAGGCCAAGGCAGAGUUGGAGAGAUCGGGAAACCUCAAAAGGGAGAUAAGAGAAAAUGUGGUCGCAUCCCUUCAAGAGUUGUAUGAGAUGGUACUAAGACUAGCCGACUCACGCAUUUUACUCAUGCUCGAGGCCCAUAGAACCAAACCAAAUGAAACGAAAAACAUUGACAGAAUCAGAGCCAAGCACACAAACGAGUUGAAAGAUGCCCUCAACAAAUAUGAAGAACUGGAUGGCCAUAUUCUAACACUCAACAAAGACACGGAAAUGGUACGACAAAUAAUCCUGAGAGACGUUCAUGAUGAAUUAGCAAAGGUUAGACAGAACCAGGAAAACUCCUCUAAGGAAAUUAAGAAUACCCUAACAGAGUUAAAUACCCAAGUACAGAACAUAAAUAGUCAGAUCACGAACAUCCAAAUGCAUAUUGGGACAAAUACAGCAAAUACUCUACCCGAAUUGGAGGAAGUGAACAGGCGAAUACAGGAAGUCCAAGACACCCUACUUCACUUUACACAGGUACCGAAAAAAUCGACGGAGGAAAGACAAGAUAAAACUCCAAUUGAAACCUCAUACCUGAGAGACACCAUACAGAAGUCGGUCGAAACCGCCCUUGAAAUUAGUGAACUAGGGGUAAUCAAGGAACUCUGCAGCGAUACCAAUCAAAAGAUGGCCGAAACCAAGGAUAACACUGCAACUCUCCUGGGACGGACCAACAAAGAUGAAGAAAUGGGAAGAGCUCUAAAAUCAGAAAUAACAAAAAUCAAGGACGACAUAGCAGAUCUAAGAGAUGUGUCAGUGGAAGCAGUGGCCCCCAUCCGUACGGCCAUUGAAGAGAUAAGAGGAGAAAUUAAAACAUCAGAGAGACGAUCAAAUAGGAUACCAGAAAAUGUGGAAGGACAAAGAAAGAGUAAAAUCCCGUCAAGAGUACCACCAACUGAUCCAAAUUGGCCAAUAGUACUUGAAUCAGUAGAUCCCCGCUCAACCAGCGACGAUAUCAUAAAAAACGUUAAAGGCAAAGUAGACCCUGUCGCACUAGGAAUAGCUAUCAAUGGAAUCAGGAAGAUCCGAAACCAGAAGGCCAUAGUCUGCUGUGAUUCUGAGAAGGAUCGCAAAGCCUUUUGCCAGGCUCUCAAGAACGCAGAACCCAAGCUGUCAGCCAAGAUCCCCAGCACCAAAAACCCACUACUAAAACUCCCAGGGGUAGCUAAUGACAUGACCAACAGCCAGAUAGAAGAAGCAGUCAUUAAGCUGAACAAAAGACUUUUGGUGGAGGUGGAAAACAAAGAUCUCAAGGUCAAGGUGCAGCGAAGAACAAAGGGAAGGAACUCACUGGUGGCCAACGUAAUUUUGGAAGUCAACUACAAGAUAUGGACCAGACUAAAAGAUCAACGCUUAAAAAUAGGCUAUCAAGUGGUGACAGCUACAGAUCACUCCCCAAUCAGACAAUGUUACAACUGCCUAGGAUUCGGUCAUUUGGCUCGAGAUUGCAACCAAGAAUCCAACAAGUGUGGAUACUGCGCACAACAACACGAUAGCAGAAUCUGUGCAAACAAGAAUGGCCCACCAACUUGCGCUAAUUGCAAAAAAGAAACAGGUGUGGCCACUGCACACCCAGCCUACAGUAGGGAAUGUCCGAUUUGGCAAAAAUGGGACCGAAUUGCUAGGGCUGCAGUCAAAUAUUGUUAG